AUGAUCAUCUACUGUAAGAGGACUUCUGUUGAUCAAUCAUACCAGCAGUGGUUCAUUUCACAGAAAAAUACCUGCCCAGUUACUGGUCACUCCUUGCCCCACUCACUCACAGUUCCAAACCACCUCCUCCGUGACAUGAUUACUGCCUGGUUCAUCGAUCACUCAGACCUCCCCCCCUCUACCACUGCUGAUACGCUCUCUUCCCCCUUGAUACCACCUUCAGAGGAACAAAUGCAAGACAUCCUAGACAAGUUCUCAGGUCAUUCAGUACUGCAGAGAGAGGCCUUGCAUUCGAUCCAUCUAAUGUCUAAAACAUCCAAGGGAGUGCAUCCUUGCCUUGACAAGUGGCCAGGCCUGGUCCCUGUGCUCGUAAAUCUUAAGAAGAAAUGGAAAUCUACAUGGGCACGUGAUGUCGAGGAGGACAGGAUCUCAGUAUUCCUUAAUUUGUCCAUGCACAGGCCCAACCGGGAGAUCCUAGCCGGACAAAAUAAGCUACCAGCUGUUCUAAUCAAAGUCGUCGAGAAGGCAGAAAAGCUUGGAACUUCAGACUCAUUUUUGGCGAUGGUAGCUUCUACAGUUGCCAUACUGUCAGAGUUUGAUGUGUUCAGGAAAAGAUUAUUGGACACAGGGGGAAUGAAAAUGCUCAGUGAUCUACUCAAGAUUGAGGAUGUUCUAGUACGGAAGGAGACUGCCACUGCAAUCCUUGCGGUCUGUACAGAUGAGGAAGCCAAUGCAUCAGCUGCAGAAAAUGAUGUGCCUGAUAUGCUGCUGGAAUGCUUCAUGGUCACUGAUGAGUUCCUGCUUCUGCUUGAUCGUCUGCCAAAAUCUCCAGAUGUGUUGGAUAGGAUAUGUGAUCAUUCUGUGGAACUGGUGAAUAUCGUCAUUGAAGAACCUGCAAGUGGAACAGUGACGGCCCAGGGCAUCCACUCUGCGAUUUCCUUGAUUUUUAUCAUUGCUCACAGGGACGUGAGUAGGCUGAAAGUGAAGAACGUGGAGGAUUUCAAGGAGCGGUUGCAGGAGCUUUCAUCAAAGAGAAUACCGAUGCAGACGAUGUUUCAGGUGGAAGGAAUAAUCAAGAUUCUGUCAGAUAUGUUUCCAAGCUCUCUCCAGCCACACGAAUAGACCAAUCUUAUACUGCCCUUCUGUAUCUGUUGUUCAUGUAUGGGUUCCAGGCAGCUUUACUUCU